AUGGAUCCUUUAUCCCAGCAACACCAACAACUACGACUCAGCUUAGCAGCAUCGGAAACACCUUCAACAUCACCGCCAGUCGACCAACGCUCCGAUUGGAUCCUUCAAACAACUGAAGAUGGCUCUGAAGUUUACUACUACAACGUUGUCACCAAAGAAAUGCGCUAUUCCGUACCUCCUGACGAUCCCAUUAAUUAUGAAAAGAGCCCUUCCUUUUAUGAUCACCCACCUAUCAGCAAUGACAGCUUGCGAUACAACGAUUAUGCAGCCUUUAGCGACUCUGAAGAAUUCAACGAUCGAUUGGAUGAAAGACCUAUACGACCUGCUCGAGCUGCCAAUCGUCUUGAUCAUCAUCACCUUCAUCAUAACAACGCUGUUGAAAAUCAAAGCUUAUUAAGUGCGGGGACCACGACUUCGAGCUCUAUCUCUUCACCUAGCAUAUACACAUCAAAAUCAGGCCCCGAUGAACAGCUUCCGCCCAAUUGGAUCAGAAAAUGGACACCCAAAGGACGAGAAUAUUAUUGUAACGUGUUGACCGAUGAAACAACUUGGACGUUGGACCAUGUUGAUCCACAUACGGGGAUGUUGAUUGCACCUUCCUCUCCUCCACAACCACGGCUUACUACUACUACUACCACGGAUGGACGUCUCAGCCUUGCUACCAUGGGUGCACAAAACAGUAGCCUCUCAUCCCUUGGCGUUGGCAGCAGCACGAGCUUUGAUUUAUCACCCUCUUGGAGCCAUUUAUCAUCUCAAAUUGCACAAGCAAUCAAGACAUUGAAGGGAUCUGUCAAGCAAGGUCAAAUUGGACUUUUUCGUGAAGAUGCAUUGAUGGUCGUACAAGAAAUUCGGCUCUUGUUGUAUGUUGCCAAUGCCGUUGACAAGGAGAGUUCACCCUAUCUUAAAGCCAACAAGCAACUCAAGAACUAUCAUCGGGCAUUGCUAGCUGCCUUAGCCAAGCUUGUGUUAUCAGCCAAAGUGGCAUCAGGGGCAUGGGCACCUAGUGAGGCGAUUGCAAAGCUUCAAUUGGAUGCGGAUGAGGUGCUCAUAGCUGUACGCAACUUUUUGACCAUUGCUCAAGAUAUGCGAAUCGAAGUACAAGAGAGCAAGCCCAAGUUGAUUCAUGAGAGUUCUCCCAAUGCACGAUGGCGUAGUGCUUCCAAUGUGAGCGAAUCGCGACCUGAUACACUUACGACCUUGGUGGUGCUUGCCGACAAUGUCCAUGGAGCCAUUUCAUCGCUUUUGGAUAGCGCACGUGAAGCCUUUUCGAUCGCUGAUGAUGCCACGGUCCUAUCAAAGAUUCAAAACAGCACCCCGUUACUCGUGGCUCAAUUCCGCAACUUGAGCAAUACCACGAGCCAGUUUUUGAAUUCCGUUGAGGAUAUCGAAAUUGGACCACAACAUUCAACACGCUUCUUGUCAUCCAAGCAGAGCAUUCAUGAUUCGAUGGGACAGCUAUUUAUAUCAUCUCAGCAUAUCACCAAUCAAGAGAUAUCAGCUGAAGAAGUGGUCGUCACCUUUGAACAUAUUGAAUCUUUUGCUAAAACGAUCGAUACGGGUGUGCAUGAUAUUUGCAACAUUUGCCGUCAAGCAUCCUUGGAUCGAGCCACAAGCAACAAUAGCAGCACUACACUGGUGGAUAAUAAUAAGCCAUUUCCAGCAGAUUCUGCUCCGAUCGGCGCUGGACGUCGACCUUCGCAUGAAUUUGCACGCCCACCACCACAAGCUACAGGUCGCACAAGUCGUUUGACAGAUAUUGAUGAGGAACGCAUGAUGCAAUCACAACAGCAGCCACCACCACAACAACAUAUACCAGGCAUUCCAGAAAAUUUUAUGCCGCAACAACAACCUGCCACACCUCCUCCCAAUAAGGAUGCCAAACUUGCAAAGUUUUUUGGUGAAGAUACCUUGGAAGCUUCACGUCGUCGUGACACCAUUGCUAGUGCAUCAGGUCUACAAAGUCCAAGUGUAGCAUCAUCAGGCAUUUCACCAGGGCCACACACACACGAUCGUGGGGACUAUGGAAACGAUUACAAUCCCAAUGAAAUUGUUUUCAACAUGGAAGGCAAUGUCAAAGGUGGCACUGUCCGUGCGCUUGUGCAACGACUCACACAACAUGAUCAACUUGACUCCAAAUUCAAUACCACAUUCCUUCUCACCUAUCGAUCCUUUUGCACCACUCAAGAACUAUUCGAUGAGCUUUUUCAACGCUAUACACUUGUUCCACCGCCUGAUUUGACGCAAGAGGAGCUUGUAAAGUGGCAAGAAAAGAAACUCAAACUUGUGCGUUUACGUGUGUUUAAUGUGAUCAAAUCAUGGUUGGAGAAAUACUACAAUGAAGAAGAAGAUCGACCCAUGUUGCCCUUGCUGAUGCAAUUUACGGAUACCAUUGUACGAGAAUCCAUGCAAUUUGGUGCUGAGCAAUUGAUCAAGCUUGUACGGAAACGCAUGGAUGCUGAGGAUCCUGGGCAAAUUCGCAAAAUGACGCUCAAUGUACGGCCCCAAGAUAUGCCUGCAUCCAUUUUACCCAAGAACAUGAAACGCUUGCGAUUCCUUGAUAUCGAUCCACUGGAAUUGGCACGUCAAUUGACGGUGAUGGAUUUCAAGUUAUACAGCCGUAUCAAGCCUGUUGAAUGCUUGGAUAAGAAUUGGGGCAAAGGAGACUCGGAGCAUAUUGCUGCCAAUGUCAAGGCAUCCAUUGAGUACUCAAAUCAAGUGACAUCCUGGGUGACGGAUUCCAUUCUCAGCAAAGAAGAAGUCAAAAAGCGAGCUGGUGUUUUAAAGCAUUGGAUUUAUGUAGCAGAGAAAUGCCGCUUGCUCAACAAUUUCAACACAUGCAUGGCUAUUCUUUCAGCCUUUGACAAUAGUUCCAUUGGACGCAUGAAACGCACGUGGGAGCUCAUGGGAGCUCGCACGAUCCAAACAUUAGCGGGUAUUCGACGAUUGAUGGGAGCCAACAAGAACUUUACCGAAUACCGCGACAUUAUCCACAAGAUCAAUCCCCCUUGCAUUCCUUUCCUCGGCAUUUACCUCCAAGACUUGACAUUCAUUGAAGACGGCAACAGCAACUAUUUGAAAAAAUCAAAGCAUCUAAUCAAUUUCGCAAAGCGUAUGAAGACUGCGGAAGUGAUUCGUGAGCUACAGCAGUAUCAAUCCACUCCUUAUCUAUUGCAAGCCGUUCCCGACAUCCAAGCGUUUAUCAAAACGCAUUUACAAUCGAGCAGAGAUGAAGAGACGCUCUAUAAUUUGAGCUUGGAUCUGGAACCUCGGGAACGGGAUGAAGAUACAAUUGCACGACGACUGAAGGAAUCAGGACUUUAA